AUGGACAGAGGGCAAAACGAAAACCAGUUGUCCGUCGCACUGCUUUUGCUGGCGGCUUUCCAUUUGAUUUUUCUGCUAGCAGCACACUACAUGCAAUGGAAGUUAUGUAAGGCGUCGUUGGAAGAGAAGAAACGAAAGGCAUCAGAAGCGCUCGACUAUGUUUCCAAUAUCUCAACGACUCCAUUUGCCUAUGCUCCAUUGGGUGAGCCGUUAGCGAAUGAUAUGCUGACGCAGACAGCGCUUCGUGACGGCAACGUGGUCGCCGUGCCGAGACUGCUUCUUGUCGAAGGAGACGUGAUUCUUCUUCGACCUUCUCAGUUGUCCGUCGCACUGCUUUUGCUGGCGGCUUUCCAUUUGAUUUUUCUGCUAGCAGCACACUACAUGCAAUGGAAGUUAUGUAAGGCGUCGUUAGAAGAGAAGAAACGGAAGGCAUCAGAAGCGCUCGACUAUGUUUCCAAUAUCUCAACGACUCCAUUUGCCUAUGCUCCAUUGGGUGAGCCGUUAGCGAAUGAUAUGCUGACGCAGACAGCGCUUCGUGACGGCAACGUGGUCGCCGUGCCGAGACUGCUUCUUGUCGAAGGAGACGUGAUUCUUCUUCGACCUUCUCAGGCUGCACCCUGUGACUGCAAACUCUCGAAUGGUGAAAUGCUGAAGACGGGCGAUCGUAUUUCCGACAAAGUAGAGGUGGACCGCGACACAGGCGCAGCCAUACCUCUUGAUGUGACCAAGCUUUACUACUGUCUACACAUGGUGGCUGAACGAGCUCUUCUACCAGUCGUUGUUGUCAUGGCCGUUCUUGCUUGUCUGAUGAGAUUUCUCCUUGACGGCAGUCAGUCGCUGUUUUCGACAAGAUUCGUCUUCGCCAUUCCGUCACUUAUCGUUCUGCCACUGACUGCUCCCACCUUCUUUUUCAUCAUACGUUUCGUGCAUCGGCGGGGCAACUCCGCUGUCUGUGAUGUGUUGAGGACUCGGAAAGCGAAUGACGUGAAGGAUUUUGUUACGUUGUUUGGAAAUCUAACUGGGACGUCGUUCUUCGACAAAAAAGGAGUGCUGUCACCAAUGAAUCCUUGUUUGGACAAAGUUGUGUUCUUUCGGCCCAGUGACGAAGAGCAGUCUAAGGAAGCUCCCACUCUUGAGAUCAUGGACUUAAGCUCUGAGCAACUUGUCGAUGGGUCAUGGAGUGUCGAUUUUGAUGAUCCCAAUUGGUCCCGGUAUGAGUCAAAUUUGCGAGUGAUCGGCCAGUGCUUGCUUUUAAAUCGAUGCGAUCCGAAGUUCCCGUCGUUUCUGGACCAUCUUUCAGCUGUCGCUACCACAGUACCGCGCACAAUCGCAACGGCGUGUAGGCGAUGCUCAUGCGUGUUUCCGCAACUCAUCGGGUUUAAACCGAAUGCAUCGGACCAGUUCCAGAAGAUGCCAAACGUGCUAGGAUUCUAUCAGCGUCAACCCGGAGAAGCUCCAUUGCCAGGGCUCACGAAGCACCAAACUCCACUAGAAAUGGCGUACUGUACAAUUCACGCCGAUGAUCGUUCGCUGUACUACCACCUUUCAUGUCAAGGAACGGCGAGCCUCGUGCUAGAGGCUUGCUCGCAUGUGUGGGAUGGCGAACAACUCGUACCUAUCACGGAACGAAUACUUAAAAGUGCCAUAGAUUUCUAUCAGAGACAUUCUGUCACUGGGUACUGUCUCGCUUUGUCGUACCGUGCCGUUGGAAUGGUCUUUGAUGAUGUCCUCAAAGACCGCUACUUUGAGGUCCCAUUACUUCGUCGUCAUCCACGAAGUGGUGCUCUAGCGAGAACUCACAGCAUAGACAGUUCUCAGAAUGACCCGUUCUUCGAUCGGACACCUCUGAAAACAGCUGAUGAAGUGGUGCAGAGAUGGUUCACUGGACACGUUCUGUGUGGAAUGAUCGUCACCCAGUACGAGGUAAUGCCUAACGCCGUGCAGCUCGUUGAUCAACUAGAAACCCUGUGUGUUCGAUUUGUGUAUUUUUCUCGCGAAAAUGAACUGAGAAGCAGAGUCUUUGCCGAAAAACUUGGGCUGGAAGCCGGCUGGAAUUGCCACGUUUCCUUGGCCGAAGCUUGCUCGCAUGUGUGGGAUGGCGAACAACUCGUACCUAUCACGGAACGAAUACUUAAAAGUGCCAUAGAUUUCUAUCAGAGACAUUCUGUCACUGGGUACUGUCUCGCUUUGUCGUACCGUGCAGUUGGAAUGGUCUUUGAUGAUGUCCUCAAAGACCGCUACUUUGAGGUCCCAUUACUUCGUCGUCAUCCACGAAGUGGUGCUUUAGCGAGAACUCACAGCAUAGACAGUUCUCAGAAUGACCCGUUCUUCGAUCGGACACCUCUGAAAACAGCUGAUGAAGUGGUGCAGAGAUGGUUCACUGGACACGUUUUGUGUGGAAUGAUCGUCACCCAAUACGAGGUAAUGCCUAACGCCGUGCAGCUCGUUGAUCAACUAGAAACCCUGUGUGUUCGAUUUGUGUAUUUUUCUCGCGAAAAUGAACUGAGAAGCAGAGUCUUUGCCGAAAAACUUGGGUUGGAAGCCGGCUGGAAUUGCCACGUUUCCUUGGCCGAAGUGGAUCCCGAUGCCACCGGACGAACAUUGAAGGAUUACUUUUUGUCCAAAACAUUUCUUGGUUCAAGUCCUGCGCUCAGAUCUUCAGUCCUAAAGCACCUGUCACGAUCUGAUGACGAUCUGCACACGAAUUUCUUGUUGACCUCCAACAUCCAAGGUUCUCCCAUAGAAAAAAAGUACAGCCACCAACCUCCGGUUAAAAUGGCCGUUAUUCCGAAUAAAGCGCAACUGCCGACAGGGAUCGAGGCUGUUCGUCCACAUCUGGAGCAAGUGGACAAUGUACCCCUUCUAGUCGGCCUUAUCACUGACUGUACUCCUGGGGCAAACCUGCAAAUGUUGGAAAUAAUGCAGGCCGAUGUCUCCAUUAGUGUUCUGCCUGUCGGAGACUGGCAAUGUUCCAUGAGUUCCGGGCCUAAUUGGCAGACAGCUAAAAAUGCAGCUGACAGUCUUAUGGGCAUUGCUAGUGACUUUCGACUAAGAUUCGAACAACUUCUUGCCCUUCCAAAGCUCAUUGUCGCUUGCCGUCAUCGAUGUGCUUCCGUGAGGGGAUCCCUAGCGUUCCACUUUUUUGCCUCCACUAUGCUAUCGCUUUCCCUUUUGGCCACAGCUAUAUCAUUUCUGCCUCUGCUCUUCGAUUUUGAACAGGUGUUUCUGACGACCUUCGUGCAGCUGCCGCUUCUCACGCUGGGAUCGGUUUUCACUCCGUUUCAUCCCAGGUCAAAUGUUAUCCGAAUAUCGUCCAAGAACACAUGCACUGUCCCUCGACAAAACGUUAUAUGGGCGGUGGCUACGUUUUUCGUCGGUUUCUUUCCUACAUCGCUCUUCCUUGUGCUGCUAUUUUUCUUUUUGUUGAUUCGAAAUUCGACAUUCACCUGCUCAUUCUCUGACGUGGUCUGUUCCGUCGCAGCCGAACACUCAUCUGAUGCCUAUCUUUCGACAAUGGCUAUUCGUCACGUUGUCGGCUUUCAUGUUGCAUUUUCGUACGCCUCUGGAGUAUUCCUGCAUGAAGCACUCUCAGCUGUUUCAAUGGCUGCAUUAGUGGCUUGGACGUCAUUGAUAGUGGUGGUGAAUGAGCUGGUCAAACUGCGUUCCAUCCGUGGCUUUGCGACAGAACAACGGCGGACGAAACUCUGCUUUGAUACAAAACUCGGAAUGAAUUCACCCUACUAA